AUGGGGCACAAGUUUAUCAAAACAAGAUACAGUGCACUGUUUAUGGGCUACGCUUGCUGUGUAGGCUUUGGACUACCAUUUCCCCAAAAGCCCAAAGCCAUUUCCCCAAAGCCUCCCAACCUACUAUCAGAGAACAAGGCAAAGCCAAAGAAGAAACGGCAGGAGGCUACUUCACUGGAGGCCAAGCCAAGAAAGACCAGAGUGAAAAAGCAGGAGGAAUCAAGCCCUGCGGAAGAGCCAAGUGCCCCCCGAUCAGUUGCUGUCAAAAAAGUGAGAAAGAAAAAGGAAGAGAAGCCAGAAGAAGAAGGUGAGAAGGACCCACCUGCCAAAAGCACCAAAGAGCCCAGGAAGAAGAAGGAAGCUGCCUCUUCUCAUCUCGUUGUGACCAAGGCAUCAAAAAAGAAACAAGAGGACUCUGAUGAAGAAGAUGAUGAUGAUGAUGAAGAGGAGGAGGAAGAUGAUGUAGAAAGCGAAGAUCCUCCAAAAAAACCCAAAAGGAGGAUCCACAAAGAUGUUCCAUCUGCUGGCAUUAAGGAAAGGAAGCCCAAAAGUAAAGGAGACAAAGCUGAAGCUGAUGUCAAGACAAGAACUGUCAAGACACUGAAGAAGGAACCAGUGUCUGUCUUCCAAGUCAAUGGGGACAAGAAGGAGAAAAAAGUUAAAAAGAAAGAUCUGAAAGAUAGUGAGACAGAAGGUGAUUCUGAUUCUAGCACCAAGCCAACAAAAACUGAAAAAAAGAAGAGCACAGCUUCCAUGUUUCAGGCUGGGGCAGAAGGUGCCAAGGAGAAGAAAACUAAAAAGAAAGCUCUUCCCAAAGCCACUGAAAAUGAAAGUGAGGAUGAGCCCACAGAAGCAGUAGCUCAAAAGAACACCAACAAGAAAGGAAAAACAAAGAAAUCCAAGAAGAAGGAAGAGAGACCGCCUUCCCCAGUCAUUGAAGUGGACAAUCUGGAGGAAUUUGUGCUACAGCCAGCUCCGCAAGGAGUGACCAUCAAGUGUCGGGUCACUCGAGACAAGAAGGGGAUGGACCGGGGCCUCUAUCCUACAUACUACCUUCAUUUGGAUAAUGACAAAAAGGUCUUCCUACUGGCUGGUCGCAAGCGCAAAAAGAGCAAGACCUCUAACUACCUGAUUUCCAUGGAUCCCACUGACUUGUCUCGGGAUGGAGAGAACUUCAUUGGAAAGCUGAGAUCCAAUUUGAUGGGCACUCGGUUUUCGGUGUUUGAUAAUGGUGUGAAUCCUGACAGAGCAAAUUCGGAUUGGUCAAAUGUGCGCCAGGAGCUUGCAGCUGUUGUUUAUGAGACAAAUGUAUUAGGGUUCAAGGGACCUCGAAAAAUGACAGUGAUUAUCCCUGGAAUGAAUUCAGACAAUGAGAGGGUGCCAAUCCGACCCCGAAAUGAUAAUGAUGGGCUGCUCAUCAGAUGGCAGAACAGGAUAAUGGACAACUUAAUCGAACUGCAUAACAAAGCGCCAGUGUGGAAUGAUGAGACCCAGUCUUAUGUGCUCAACUUCCAUGGCAGAGUUACUCAUGCCUCUGUCAAGAACUUCCAGAUUGUCCACAGCAAUGACGUGGACUACAUCGUCUUGCAGUUUGGCCGUGUAGCUGAUGAUACUUUCACCCUGGAUUACAACUACCCACUGUGUGCUGUGCAAGCUUUUGCCAUCGCCCUAUCCAGCUUUGAUGGGAAGCUGGCUUGUGAGUAGCACAUCAUGGCCAGGUUGUCCUGAGUCUGGGCUAGAGAGGCAGAAUCAAAACAAAGCCCCUUCUAUCUGGACUGUCUGCUGCGGACAAGAAUUUGUCUGAUGAUAUAAAGCAAAUGAGAUAGUGUGAACAGGAAGAACAGCUUAACUGGUAUUGCUGAAUGUUUCCAACAUAGAAGAAGAAGAAGAAGAAGAAGAAGAAGAAGAAGAAGAAGAAGUAGAACUUGCAGAAUCAAUAAGCACAAACACAUAUUCACAGAGUAGGUUUAGUUGGCAACACCAUAUGCACACACAUGUCCUUGGCAUUUGCCUUGUAAAAGGAACAGUGCUCAAGCCCCAGCAAAACAGCUGCUUUACGCUGCAGUGUUCUGGAAGGUCCAUAACUCUAGGACGCUAAAAAACAAAACAGAGAAAAAAUAGUCUCUGUUAUGUUACUUACUGCCAAGGGAUUUGGAACCAGCUAAUGGUCUCAGGCUAUCAAAUAGUCACUUCCUGUGUAUAUAUAUACUUAACAGUCAAGACUAGCCAUUGUUUGGUUCUUUGAAUCCCAGGAGAAUUUAUCUUCUUUAGAUUAUUGGUGGUGUGGUGGGUUCUCUUUGAUAAUUUAUAAUUUACAUGUGGAAGUUUUACAUGGAUGCUGGGGUUUCUUUUCUCUCCACUGAUAACCAUCAAUAAAAGAGUAAGUGGUGGGACAAGCUCCAAUUUCUUGACAUUUUAAAAAUCAUGGUCUGCCUAGCUACUAAUCAAAACUAGUUAGAUGUAAAUGUAUAAGUUGCUUUUGGGGUAUUUAUUCGAUUUGUAUUUAUAUAAUUUAUAACUCUGGCGUUUAACAGCUUACUUUCAGUACUGCUGUGGGAUUGUUGGGUGAGCUGGGCGACCUCUCAAAACCAGUGGCGACCAUUGAGACUAGUGAGAUGGAAUGCAGGAAGCCAAAACAGUAGGUAGAGCCUGAGCCAAUGACAGGCAGAGCCAGCUAACUCUAGUAUAGUCCCCAUCCUCCUUCCUGCUAAGCAGGGGUGCCAUCUAUGUGAAGCCAUGGGAGCUGAAGGGGCUGGGCCCACCAAAGUUCUGUGCAGAAGACAGAAUCAGGAUUCAAGGGGACCUUGGUGAACUGGGCCCAAACAAACAAAAUGAAUUUCAAUAGAGACAAAUGUAAGAUUCUAUAUUUGUCAGCUGCACAAAUAUAAGAUGGGGGACACCUGGCUUGCCAGCCGUACAUGUGAAAAGGA